AUGGCGGUCGAACUAGUUCCAGAUGCUCCGUGGUAUUUUGGUGAAAUAAGCAGAGAAAAAGCUAAUGAGAUUCUAAUUGAUCAGCCUGUUGGAACAUUCUUGAUACGUGACAGCACUACAAAGUCAGGUUACGUGCUUGCCAUAAAAGAGGCCAACGAAGUCAAGCGUUACUUACUUACAUGGGCACCUCAACUAAAAAAGUUCAAGUUUGGCGACACUCUCUAUUCUUCGCUCGAUGAGUUGGUUAGACUUCAUACUUCACACUCUUCGAGUACUCGUAUGAGACAGCCAGCCCAGAAGGCUACUUUUGCUGCUUUAUAUUCGUUUCAAGCACAGGAAGAGGGAGAUUUGUCUUUUCAGAGGGGAGAUUUGUUAACAUUCAUAAGACAAAAGCGGGAGUGGAUUCUAUGUAAAUCAGGCGAUAACCGUAUCGGUUGGGUUCCUUCAAAUUAUUUAACUCCGUUUACACCUGAAAUUGUUGCAAGAUUAAAGGGUCUUGGUGACCAACUUGGAUUAACCUAUUGUCAUAUGCUGAAAUCUGUUCAGUUACCGGCUACUGGAAAGGUUGUAAGGGCUAGAAAUCCCAGUAUCUUCGCGACAAAUCACUUGAAACUGAGUGCGAUGAUGAAGUUCAAAUCAGGAAACUACUUCCUGAUGGAUUCUGUGAGGUCUGGCGAGAACGUGAUCAAUAUUAUGUCUGGCAUUUCACGAGUUGGCAAACUGUUACUACCACGUACUGCUUUAUUGUUAUGUGAUAUACAGGAAAAAUUUCGUCCAACUAUUAGUCAUUUUGAUGCAAUUGUCGAAACGUCUAGUCGGAUGUUAACAGCUGCUCGAAUGCUAGGAAUGCGCAUUGUAGUCACUGAAAUGUACCCUAAAGGUUUAGGUCCUACCGUCAAAGAGUUAGGAGAUUUAAGUGGUAUUCCCAUCAUUUCAAAGAGAUCAUUUUCUAUGCUAACAGAUGAAGUAGCCAAUGUUUUGGAGCUGGGAAAACAAAUCAAUUCUGUUUUAUUAUGUGGUAUUGAGACACAUGUUUGUGUUCAGUCAACUGCACUAGAUUUAAUUGAACGGGGAAUACAAGUUCAUUGUAUUGUAGAUGCUGUAUCUUCACGAAAUAUGGUUGAUAGAAUGUUUGGAUUUCAACGAAUGAGUCAAUCAGGUGUCUAUUUGACUACAUGUGAAUCAGCUUUAUUAACUAUACUCUGUGGUUCUGAUCAUCCUCAAUUUCGUGAUGUUCAAAAGAUUAUUUUAAAGCCUAGCCCGGAUAGCGGUUUAUUAACUGGAUUCAAUACAUCAAAAAUUAGCUAAAUACUUAAACUUGAUCUGUUUUUCAUACAUCUCUAUACAAUUUUAUUAUAUAUUUUUCUUAUAUAUUCAAAUAGAAAUCUUAAUGAUCUUUGUUAAAACUAAGUUUAAUUUUAAUAAUUUUCAUAUUGUAUACUCGGAUCUAUAAUUGAACUACUGAAUAAAAUUUUAAUUUUGCUAGUUAGUAGUAUUUUUUUACCAAAAAUAAAUCAAGCUAUUUAUUUUGCCUUGUCUAUUUCAAAUGUAACCAGAGUUUAAUCUGCAAACUGGUCAUCUUAUUUGUUAAUAUAAGUCAGUAAAUCAUAUUUCUUUAUCACUGAAUAUAUAAACUAAUUAAUAAAACUUCAAUUAGAAUGAAUAAUGUGUAUGACUUAGUUUAACGAGAGAAAAAAAAG